AGGGGAGUUUGAACUGGGCAUGCGCAGUGCGCCUGGCAGCGGGCGGCUGUUUGAGGAAGUUUGGAUCAACUUUCUACCUGCUGCCGCGCUGGCUUCAUUAAUGCUGUCCGCUACAGAAAUGACCUCAACAUCAGAUCUGGAGCAGCUGGCAGAAAUAGAACUGCAGAAGGAGGAAGAGGAGGAUGAGGAGGAUCAGAGGUGUGUCACAGAUGGUCCAUCAGUUCCUCCCAGCAGCACAGUCAGUCUCGAUUCUUCUCACCCGUAUUACGAUGUGGCUCGACACGGCAUCAUCCAGGUCUCCGGUGACGACAAGUACGGCAGGAAGUUGAUCAUCUUCAGCAGCUGCUGUUUGCCUCCAUCACACCAGCUGAACCACCAACGCCUGCUGGAGUACCUGAAGUUCACAUUGGACCAGUAUGUGGAGAUGGACUACAUCCUGGUUUACUUCCAUUAUGGUCUGAGGAGCAGCAACAAGCCGUCUCUCAAGUGGUUACGAGAAGCUUACAGCGAGUUCGACAGGAAAUACAAGAAGAACCUGAAGACUCUGUUCGUCGUUCAUCCUACAAACUUCAUCAGAAUCGUCUGGAACAUUUUCAAGCCUCUGAUCAGUCACAAGUUUGGGAAGAAGCUGACGUACGUGAACUACCUGGCUGAACUGCGGGAUCACCUGAACUACGAGCAGCUCAUCGUCCCUCCUGACGUCCUCAGGCACGACGAAAAGUUACGAGCCGCUCAGAGAGGCGGACCCCCUCCCUCAGUGAAGACCCCCAUCGACCCCCUGCCCACGCAGCAGUUUGGCGUCAGCCUGCAGUACAUCCGAGAGAAGAACAGGGAGGCGAUCGUCCCGCCUGUGAUCUCCCAGACUGUGACCUACCUGAAGGAGAAAGGUCUGAGGACAGAGGGGAUCUUCAGACGUUCGGCUCGUGUUCAGCUCAUCAAGGACGUUCAGAAACUCUAUAACCUGGGGAAGCCCGUAGACUUUGAUCAGUAUUCUGACGUCCACGUUCCUGCUGUGAUCCUGAAGACGUUUCUCAGAGAGCUUCCUGAACCGCUGCUCACCUUCAGAGUCUACAGCCAGGUGCAGGACAUCAUCAACGUGGAGAGCAGUCUGCGGGUCAGCAGGUGCAAACACAUCGUGGAGAGUCUACCUGAACAUCAUUUCAUCGUGGCAAAGUUCCUGCUGUGCUUCCUCCACAUGGUGUCUCAGGAGAGCAUCGUGAACAAGAUGAGUCCGUCUAAUCUGGCCUGUGUGUUCGGGGUGAACCUGGUUUGGCCCCGUCACGGUUCGAUCUCUCUGACCGCCCUGACCCCCAUCAACAUCUUCACCGAGAUCCUCGUCGAACAUUUCCACACCGUGUUCGGCUCCCGCUGCCCACCUGCACAGGUAACACCCUGAACCUGCAGACCAGCACCCGGCUCCACGCGGUCUCUCAUCCUCUGGGAGCGUACUCCCUUGGUUUGUCUUUCGGCCUGUGCGGCUGACGGCCAGACUGCGGAUGUUUAUCUUCCGAAAGACUUUUGUGUUUCCUCUCAUCUGGACAGAAUCUCAGUUUCUACACAAGAAAUAUCCAAAUCUAAAAGUCGGACUGCCGCUGAAGCAUUCCUGCUCCCCAGAGGAUGAGCCGUGACACCGUGCACGCUGUUCUCUAGCGCCACCAUCAGGACAGAAUGUCAACUUUACACACAGGACGUAUUAUAGCUUUGGGCAACAUGGUGAUUUAGGUCUGUCAGCUGGUAUGGAUUUCUCUCCUUUCAGUAUUUAAUAUGUGUCCAAUGAGCAGAAGUGAUUUAUUAGAUUUGCAUCAAUGUGAUUUAUAAAACGUUAAUUUAGGAGUUUCAAUGUAAGUGAUUAAUCAGAAACACACAUUUUUAUCUAUAAAGUUUCUCCUUCGGGUUUCUAGGAAGUUUCCUACGUCAUGGUAAAAGAUUUUAUGAUGUAGUUUAGCAUUUACAAAAAAUAUAAAUAUUUAAUAAACGGUUUAUAACAGUA